ACCCAUCACAAGCUCACAAUCCCACAGCAGCAGAACCACACAAACUCACACACACACACACACACACAAGAAUCAACCGACCGGCGAUGGCUUCAUCGAGCAGGAUGCUGGUUGUUGUGGUGGUGGCCGCCCUAGUGGCCGUUGCGUGGAGCGCACCGCCGCCGGUGAGCAUCACGGUGGAGAAGGGGUCCGACGCGAAGCAUCUGGUGCUGCAGAUCAAGUACGACAAGGACGGCGACAGCAUGAAGGAGGUGGAGCUGAAGCAGAACGAGGACUGGCUGCCCCUGAAGAAGGGCUACAGCGGCGCGUGGGAGAUCAAGAGCGACACGCCCCUCAAGGGCCCCUUCAGCUUCCGCUACGAGACCCAGAAGGGCCAGCGCAACGUCUUCGAUGACAUCGUCCCCACAGAUUUCAAGUGCGGCACCACCUACAAGCCAGAGGCGUACUGAGGUUCAUCCAUGCAUUGGUUCCGCCAUUAUCGACCUUUUUUUUGAUAAAUCCGCCAUUACCGACCUCGUAAUUAAUAAUGUGCCACAAGGCGCACAGAUGCUAAUAAGUUAAGUAGUAUUACCUCCGUUCUGAAUUAGUUGUAAUUUUGGAUGAAGGGAGUACUAGGAGAAGCAACGGGCGGCGGUCGGAUGUAUUUGCUCUCCAGUGCACGUGUUGUCUCGAUUGACAACUUCUUUUCUUCUAUGUAUCGAAUAUGUGGAAUAUUAUUUGUAAUAUACUUGAAACCUAGAUUUCAUUUCUAUA